AUGAUCAGUGACCGUACUUCCUGCUUGAGAUUAAUGGACAGUGGGGAAAUGUUUACCUAUUUUUGUGUUCUGGUUGUAGCUGGAAGACUUGUCUUCGAACUGUUUUCAGAUAUUUGUCCAAAAACGUGCGAGAAUUUCCGUAGUCUCUGCACAGGUGAAAAGGGCAUUGGAAAAAAAACGAAAAAGCCAUUGCAUUACAAAAAUUGCAUUUUCCAUAGAGUCGUGAAGGACUUCAUGAUACAAGGAGGGGACUUCAGUGAGGGAAAUGGAAGAGGUGGAGAAUCUAUAUAUGGAAGAUUCUUUGAAGGAAAUAAUGAAAACUACUUUAUCAGUCAUGAUAAGGAAUUUAUGCUUUCAAUGGCCAACAGAGGAAGGGGCAGAAAUGGGUCACAGUUUUUUAUAACAACUAAACCUGCACCCCAGUUGGACCGCCUUUAUGUUGUUUUUGGACAACUUAUUUCUGGCCAUGAAGUGGUGAGGGAAAUUGAAAAUCAGAAAACUGACAUUUUUGACAAGCCAUACAUUGGGGUCAAAAUAGAGGACUGCGGAGAAGUGACUCAAAAAUCAGAAGAAAUACUUGAAAGCAAGAAGAAAGAUUCAGUAACAACAAACUGA